AUGCCGGCCCCGGGGUCACAAAUGGGGUCACUUUAUCCACCACCAGAUGGGAUUGAAAAUGACAGUGGUGGACUUGUUGGUGGAGAACUAUCAUCAUCACAAACAAGAAAUCCAUUGAUUUGUUAUUUAUGUAAUGAUUAUUAUUCAAAUCCUUGCCUUUUGCAAUGUUACCACACAUUUUGUUUAAAAUGUUUAAGGGGAAGAGAAGUAGAGGGAAGAAUAUCUUGUCCCGUUUGCGGAACACUUACCAGUUUGAGAGAUAAUUCUGUUCUUCCACCGCCUGAUAAUUUAAUGAAACAAUUGAUGGAAUUAGUCAAUGCAGAAAAUCCUCCUUGUGCCAACUGUGACAAACGUGAUAAAAAUUCAAUGUUUUUCUGCAGCACGUGCGGGCAAUCCUUGUGUAAUCAAUGCAGAGAAAAUACUCAUCGUGCCAAAAUGUUUUCAACUCACGAUAUUUUCCACAUGUCUAAAUGCAUGAAAGAUUCGCAAAAAAGGUGUCCCACUCAUGGCGAAUUAUUUAUCAUGUUUAACAAUGCUCAAAAUUCAAUGUUAUGCGUCACGUGUUUUAAAGAUGCACCACACGAAACGAGAUUACAUUGUGUUGAUAUUGAUGCUGCAUACACUCAAACAUCAAAAAAAUUAGAUCGAGCUGUUAUCACGCUCUGCGAAGUACAAAAUUCGGUUCGAGAGGGUUUGCUAAUGUUUAAAACACAUUUGGAAGAGUUGAGACAUAAUAUGGAUUGUGAAAAACAUACCAUCAAUACGUUUUGUCAAGGAAUGCAAGAAUCAAUUGCAAAAACUCAUUCGAACAUGAUGAUGGAAGUUCAAAGACAAUAUGAAACUAAAGAGCGUUCGUUUCGAGGACAGUUGGUUCAUUUGGGAAUCAUACUACCCGUCAUUCAACUCCAUCUUCUUCUUUGUCAAAGUUUUACAAACAUAGCAAAUAAAUUUCAAUUUCUCGAUAUGGCAAAUUCAAUGAUCGAUAGAUUAUCAGCCGUAACUCAAUUAACUCAACCCCAAAGACCCAUUCAAUCAAGUCAGAUAAGAACAAAUUAUAGGAAUGAAUUUGCUCAAUGUUUGGAACCUUGGAUAGGUAAAACGGCUCAAUCGAUUCCCAGGUCGGGACCUACAACUCAAGAACCUCUCGGUUCUAUUGAUCAUUUUAAUGCUAUUUUACUGCCACAACAACCGGGACUUGGAAUUCAUGCUCAGCAACCUUCUAAAAGGCAACAAACGGUACUCAGAACGAAAGCAAUGGAAGGAGAAGGUCCUUUUUCAAAUCAUUGCAGAAGUUUUGACACGCAAGUCAAAGAAUUAAGUCAACAAUUAUCAAUGGUAAAAGAACGUUUAAAUGACCUACACAGAGAUGUUUCUUUAUUGAGAAGAGUUCAAACGCCGCCGCUUAUAAACAGAUAUCAGAGAAUCAACGGUGAUUGUUCGCUCCUGGAAGAACAACUUGAAAAACAUCAAGUCGAAUUAAAUCGCAUGAAAAAUGUUUUCGACACAUUGUGGGAAGAACAAUUAUGUAGGAUACACGUGGAGCAAGAUAUUUUUCAAUCACAGGCUAACGAAAUAAUUUCUCUAAGGGCCGAAGUCAAACAUUUAACUGCUGUUGCUCAUCAAUUAGAACCCUACAUAAAAUCAUUUUCCGCCGCACAAAUGACGUCAUCGAACAAAAUCCAAGAAUCAAAAUCGCUACAGCAAAAUCAAGAAUUUACCAAUUUGCACAGUCAGCAACUUCAAACGUUAUUAGAUCACAUAAAUUCAUUACAACUCGACAGGAAUAAAUUUCAUUCCCAAUCGAAUAUUUCGUCUGCGAGUUCGAAAACAUCCGCGAAAGAUGGUAAAGAAAGGCCGAGAUCUAAAACACCUUCUCAUUCUCCUGGUGCUUCUGCGGGUCCAUCAUUAGAUCAAGGAUGCGCAUUCGUAUACGAAUGUCAAAAAAUUCAACAGCAAAUAUCGGGUGAAACGAGUGGCGGGGGGAGCGGUGAUAAACAGAGAGGAGUUUUUUCACAACUCAUCGAUAAGGUAAGAUCUAAAGAUGAUAGGAAAAAAUCCGUAGAUGAUAGAGAGAGGUGCCAACUUAACAAAGAUAAAAGUAAAUCGGGUGAAAUAAUAAUAAGUCGUUCGAAAGAGAGACUCGUCGAUGAUUUUCAAAACAAUCAAAAACAAUCGACGGGACUAACGAAUAAAACGAAACAUAAUAAAAAAGAAACGAAAUGUAUUAAAGAUGGAAAAGUUGUUGCUUCCGUUUAUCAAAGUCUUAGCGGUAAAGUUUUAGGUACGAAAACGGAAACGGAAAUGGAUGAUAUGAAAACGGAAUCUCGUUUACCACCGCCACCGCCACCCGCGAGAAGGACGACAUCAUCUUCUCAGGAACAUCAACAAGGAACGGACAUAAGAGAAAAAUUAGAAAUACAUUUAAAAGAAAAAUUACAAGAAAUGGGAUCACGUGGUGGAAAAUCCAUGACAAGACAUCAUCACGUAUCGAAAAUGGAUAAAUCUCAUAGUUUAGAUGGUAAAAUAACAGACGAUUAUCAAAGAAUAUCCGAUGCCAUGUCGUACGGUCCGAAUGACAUAAAACCCUCGAGAUCUCUAAUACAUCGCGAAUCUCAAAAUAGCAAAACGGGUAUGACGUCAACUUCACCUCGACGUCAGGAAAGAAAAUCGAGAGAUCGAUCAAUCGAUAAGGAAAGAACGAGAGAAAGACGUGAAAAAGUUGAAAAAACAAGAGAUAGAUCGAGAGAUUCAAGAGGUUCCGGUGAAUCGAGAGAUGGAUCACGUGAGGAAAGAGAUAGGAUAAGACAAAAGGAAGGAAGGGAAAGAUCGAGAGAAAGACGGUUGAGACGUGAUAAAUAUGGAAGGUAUUAUCCGGCAAGCGAUACCGAAGAUAACGUAUUUUACCGCAGCGGAAAUUUUAACAAAAAACAAAAUUCGUUCGAUAGUUUAACACUUAGCCCGGUAUCAGUGGGUAGUAGGAAAUCAUCUGGUGAUUUAGAAGAUCGGAAAACGUUAGUUUUGGUUAUAGGAAAUCACAAAUCGCAAUCGAAACAAAGGCAGGGAUCCCUUAAACAAAGAUCGUGGGAAACUUUUCCACCGAAAAAGAAAAACGGUUCGGAUUAUUACGAUGGGCGUUCGCAUAGACAUUCGACGGGUUACAACAGUCGUGGUUAUUCCGUUCAAGAAAGAAGACGUUCGUUGGAAAGAACAACAAAAACAAGAGAUAAAAAUCGCGAGAGUCCGCCGGAAGGACCCCUAAGAAAAGCUGAUAGUUUCGAAGGACACGAAGAAGCCGUGAGAACUUUGGUUGCUGCCGUUCAUCAAACGAGAUCUCAUAAAUUACAACAGAGUAGAAAAUCAAAAACUUCCGGUGGUCACGUGAGCAAUUAA